AGAUGCAGACCUCUGGAAAUAAUGGGCUCUAAGGGAAACGCUGCCCAGAUCGCCAAGCUCAGGAGACACUGAGAAUCCGGCCUCCCACAGCAGGCUCAUAGCGUGGGGCUGACCUACUAUAUCAGAACUGUGAAGACAUUGCUCCAUUGUCUCCUUGUUCACAAUAUGGCUGCUGAAAGGAAGAGAAGUUAAACUUCAGAGAAACCCAAUGGACAAUCUCCACAACAGAUGGUAACUAAAACUCAUCCAGAUGGGGUGCAAGUGCUGUAAAAUGAUACAAAGCUAUCUCUUUGAUCCAGUCCAAGUGCCCUCCCCUGGCUACGUCAACGAGGUGAACAGUUGCAAGGUGGAUGAAGGUGACGCUGGCAAGUGGAAAGGCAAACAGGGCAGCCAAGCCCUGGGGCAUCACAGUGAGCUGCUGAGCGGGGGCCUGAAGGGGACAGCCAGCUGGGGCGGGGCUGGCGGCGGGCAGGAGCCCCCCCGCGGGCAUCCCCUGGGAGCGCCCCCUCCGGGGGACACAGUGGAGGGACACUGUGCAGACAAGGCUGGCAGUGCCGUCAACGGCAUCGGCCCCGCCGCCGCCGCCGCCACGCAGCCCGCUGGGGACCGUGGGCCCCACCAGGGGGACAGGGGCUCCUGCGUCAGUACCACGAACAGCGCCCCCCCGACCCCACCCUUCCCGGAAGGCGGGGGCCCCGGAAGACAGGACAGCGUGCUGCUGCUGCCGGCCCCGCGGGAGACCCACGUCGUCCAAAGUGGGGCCCCCGGUCCUGCUUUCAGGGCAGAAGGUCCUGCCUUGGGAGUACACGACCGUGACUUCCAGAUGCCGGCCCCGGAUUACCCUCCCCCGCGGGGCCCAGCAGGAGACACCGCUGACGGGGAAGACGGGGAUGGUGUCUCCAGGAGCCCCCGGGAGGAGGAACCCCCGGCGGGCAUCCCCCCCAGGGUGGGGGGGCGCGGCUGGAAUACGCCCUCCCCCUUGAAGAGAAGCUGGGACUCCUUAAAUACGGCCGAGGCGGCAGAAGCCCUGAGUGUCUACUUCAGAGACGAGGACGCCGCUGAGGCCGAGCCGGGGGCCGAUUCGAGAACUGGGCGGGAGGACGCGGUGGACGAGGAUGCGGCGGUGGCCGAAGCCCUUGCGGCCCUAGAAGCGGCCACCGCAGGAGAAGACGUGGACGAGGCCGAGUAGGGCCCCGAGCUGGUGUCGCGCCAGGCACGCGGGUGCGUGCGCCCCUGGGGCCGAGCUGGCGUCCUGCAGCCUUAACGUUCGCCUCAGCCUCGGUUCUGGUGACUGGCGGUGCCUGCACCAGGCCGCUUGUUGCAAAGUAUUGAAAGCCCCGCUGUGUAGACGGGCUAUCUCAGGACGCCAGGAUAAAAACCAGAGGGGACAGUGCGCCGGUGCCCACCGGUGCACAUGCAGAAAGUAAACAGCCUGCUCGGCAACCCACAAAUCGCCCUCCCCCCCCCCGAACAUCUGGGACAGAUGUUCUUGAGAAUGCUCUGAAAUCCCAGCGCCAAAUCGCAAGGGUGCCGAAUCACAGAACAUUCUGUUGGCUUGCUUCUGAGAGCCAAACGUUGUACUCAACCUGGAAAAGGUAACUACCCCCACUGAAAGUGCCUAGUGUGUCCCCAGAGCAUGGCUUACCUUCAGGGACAAUCAUCCAGGGAACUAAUAACUAACCACUUGUUUGACAUCCAGUUAAGCGGGCAGCUUUCAGGAUGAGGCAGAAGCCACCAGGGAACAAAUGGUUGGUUAUUAGCUGUGAUAUUAAGACACCUUGACCUUAACUUUUUUUUACAUUAUUACUUUUUAAUCUCCUUUGGGAUCGGGGAGGCCGGUCAAAAUCAUUCUUAAAACUGCUUGUGACCUAUUUGACUUGUAAAUUCGUGAGAUUGGGAACAGCAAAGAGAUCAGAUGGAGUGUUUUAUGCCACUUUAAUGUCUGAUUCCGAAUAAAACAUAACAACACA